UUUGGCCUUUCUCUCUCUCUCUUUUUUUUUUUUUUUUUGGGGGUUUUCUUUCCUUUCAUUCUCGCGUGUAAAUUCCGAACAUAAGCCUUCUAACCGAGGAGAGCUAUCUCCCUUCGCUCUCAAAUACCCAGACCCCUACAAAAAUACAAUAGAAAAGAAAAUCAUAUAACAGAAAAAAAAGAAGAAACUGUGGUUAAGCUUUGCUUACUUCAUCUACUUAUCUCUUCAAUUUGUAUUUUAUAAUCUAUUGUUUAUUAAUCUGAGAGCAAAAAAAGAAAAAAAAAAGGAUCUUGUCCUUCUUACAAUGCCCACUUUGCAGCGGGCAAGGGUUUUCAUCCGGAUCAACGAAUUGGGGGAAAUUUGCCAAAUUGGGAACUGAUUAGGGUUCUGAUCAGAGUAUAAAUGGGCUUAAGCUCUCGUUUUUGGAGUAUCGGAUUGAAGAGCUAUUUUUCUCAAGCUUUAGUUUUUAAACAGAUUGCUUAAGUGAAAUAGUGAUUGUAAAGCUUUUGGGCAUGGAAGAACAUUGCUUUCAUAUAUAAUUGUGUAGAUAUUGAUAAAAAAACUUGAAGAUUUAGUUGUUUUAAAGAAAAGGGUAUUUGGUUUUAGUGAUUUAUCAUGUGUUUGAUCUCGAUGGGAUGGUUUUGGCAUUGGGUUCUUAUUGGAAGGAGGUGUUGAUGAUUCUUUACUGUCCCCGCAGGCAAUGUAGAAGGUUGAAUUGUACUGGAGCAUUUUUGUGUCUUGGAAUACCGUUUGGUUUAACAUAGUUUUCAAGCUAGAGUUCUUGAUUAAAAGAGCAUUGCUUUAAGUUAUCUUUCUAUUUGGAGCAUUGUUGAAGCAUUUUAGUGUAAGCCUACAGUAGGUUUAGUAAGUGAUUGCAGACUUGCACUGGUGAUUUUCACAUUUUAAGUGAUUUGUUUAGCGAUAGAUAGUUGACUUGCGGUUACAUUUGAGGUUAGGGAAAUUAAGGGGCUUGGUGGGUUUAGGAACUUUUUGAGCGGUAAAGAGUGACGGAAGUUUAUGGAGGAACAUUAAAGCUGGAAAUGUAUGCCGGGAUAUGGUGAAUGGACAGGAGCAUGGUCACUGGUUGUUCCCUUUCCGGAACAUUGCUAUUGGAAGAUAAUUCAAGUGUUUUGGCUUUUGGAAGGCACUCGAGUAUCGUCUUCUGAAUUUCUGUGAAAUGUCGCGUUGCUUUCCUUUCCCACCACCAGGAUAUGAAAAGAAGGUUAGGACUGAUGAUGUGGACUUACUAAAAAAGGAGAAGCUAAAAGAGAAGAAGCAUAAGAAGGAGAAGAAGGACAAGGAGAAGAGAGAAAAAGAAAAAGAGGAGAAAGAUAGAAGUGAUGGAAAGCAUAAGGAUAAGAAAGACAAAAAGGAAAAACACAAAGACAAAAAGAAGGAAAAAGACAAAGAAAAAGAUAGAAGUAAUAAUUCAGAGGAGAAGAAAUUUCCUGGUCAUCCUGAGGGUCAAAAUGGGGGGAAAACCUCAGAUGAGAAGAAACUUCCAGGAAAAUUGGAAGGUCACAGUGGGGAGAAAUUUGUUCAGAAAGAGAAGGGUAGGGAUAAAGAUCAAAGCAGUUUCUCAGGUGAGAGGAAACUUGUUGGGCAAUUUUCAGGUUAUAAUGGGGAGAAGAUUAGCCAGAAGAGCCAUCCGGCUGAAGAUUUCAGGGAUUCUAAAUUUGUGCAGGAGUUGGGGAGGAGGAUCAGAGAUGAUGGUGCUGGAGUUGGAAACCAAUUGGUGGAUAAGUUUAUCGGUACCGACCGGAAAAGAGAUGAGGGAGUGGUCAGAUUGGUGGCUAAGACUGCCAACACAUUGGUUGGAGAGAAGGAAAAGAACAAGAGAAGUGACGAAAGGAAGUUGGAUGUGCAAGGAACCUGGGAGGAGACAAGAUCUGCUGGAAAUGCAGUGGUUCAGAACCUUUCAGGAGCAGUUAAAAAUAGAGUUGAAGGGAUCCCCAGACAAGUGGAGAAUAAUACUGAGAAGCAGGGGGAAGGGAAAGAAAAAACCAAAGAGAAAGAAAGUGAUGAUAAAAUCAGGGAUAAACCCAAGGAUAAAGACAGGGAGAAAAAGAGUCAUGGGAAAGAUAAGGAUAGGGACAAAGAGAAGGAGGAGAAGGUGAAGGCGGAGGUGAAGGCAAAAGGUGAACAUAGGAAUUUGGAGCAGGAUAACUUAAAGGGAAGCAACAAAGAUGAUCCUGUGGGUACCAUUAAUCUGAAAACGUCACAUGCUUCCAAGGAGGGCAACAAGGGUGCUGUUGCUGAGGAAAAUCUCCGCAAGCGGAAGGACUUGGAACAAAAUGGAUUUCUUCUUGUUAAUGACAUUAAACCCAAUAAAUUGCUGAGAACAACUUCCUCCUCUCAUCCAUUGGCGGACAAUGGAAGAACAUUGGAAUCUUGCCAAGCUCCCAUCUCACUUACUUCAGAUAUCCAUGGAGCAGGAACCACUCUUAAAGCAGAUAACAAAGAACGCAAGGUGAAUGGUAUCAUUGAAGCUCAGCUGUUUUCUGUCUCCCCAACAAAGCAUUUAUCAGCAGGUGCACAAGCUAGUCAAAUUGAUGAUUUGUCUAAGAAACCACCUCAUCCAGAUUCCAAGUAUUUGAGCCAGGUACUUUUAGUUCCCAAAAUGGAAAAAUGGUCUGAUUUUGAUGACCAAGAAUGGCUAUUUCACAGCAAUGAAUCUCAAUCGAAGAAGCUCAAGGUGGGAUUUUCUGAGAUUGAUGAGGCACCACAAGUGUGGGCAGGGCCUCUGCAGAUAGAGUCAGCUGAUAUUUGCGCUCUCCCAUACGUUAUUCCAUACUGAUUUUGUCUUUAUUAGUGGGCACAUGGUUAACCCUCCUACACUGCAGCAAGAUUUGGCCUUUUGGGCGGAUUGUUUGAUUUCUGUUCAGCAUUCUUUUGUUCUCAAUCGCCAGUGUUGUGGUGAAUGUUUUUGCUUGACUGACUGCUAAACUUUGUUGAAAGGAACCGAUCUUUCAGGUCAAUGAUGACAUGCUCUGUCAUGUUAUUCCAUUACUGGAAGUGGAGGGUGGGUAUUUGCCUCCAGGUACGAAGCUACUAAUUCAUUCAAAACACACGAUGCUAUAAAGGCAAGGCAACAGAAUGUCGGUGCCUUAAAAUGGGAGAUGUAUAAGCUUGUGCAAUUCUUAUUUUAAUUGCUUACGGCUGAGGAAGCUCUUUCUAAUUGAGAAU